GAGAGCAGGUUCUCAGGAGCUGGUGCUGAUUCUUCUUAACUGUCACUCGCAGCCUAACCUUCCGCUUUUCAUUAUAAAAUAUAGGUAGCUGUAUUAUUAAUAUCAAGACUAGUGUAGCUCUGCGAGAAUUAACUUUCUUUUUCAGUGUCAGCCGCACUGAGACAAGUCCGGGCACGUUCCGAGGCGACACAGACCUCAUAUAGUCAUAGUGACAGUCUGCUCCGAGCUCCUCCUCCUCUACUUACUGAGCCCGACAUUCUCUCCCCCGGCACCCAUACUAGGCUGAAUGAGAAGAUGGAUCAAGGUGGAAUCAUCGCACCCGAAACCCGGCCGAGCCCCUGGGGUGUUGCUGCAAAGCCUGCAGUUCAGUGCUCCCUGGCGGAGGUCAUGAGUGAGGAGCUGGCAAGGGAACUCCAACUGGAAGAAGAGAGCCAUGUUUUCCCAGAGGAGGUUCUUAGCGAAGAUGGUCCUUUCCUGAGUUCUGAUAACAUUGACACAUCAAGCGAUGAAGUCUUGGCUCAGAUGCUGCAGAUGCAGUUUGACAAGGAAUAUGAUGCCCAGCUUCUGAGAGAAGAGAAAAAGUUUAAUGGUGACAGCAAGGUAUCCAUAUCGUUUGAGAACUAUCGGAAAGUUCAUCCCAGUGAAGAAAAUGACAGCUCAGAGGAUGAAGUGGACUGGCAAGACACUCGCCAUGAUCCAUACAAAGCAGAUAAACCAACGCCUACCCCUAAAAAAGGCUUUGUUGGCAAGGGGAAAGACAUUACAACUAAACAUGAUGAGGUAGUGUGCGGCAGGAAGAACACGGCACGAAUGGAAAAUUUUGCCCCAGAAUUCCAGGUUGGAGAUGGAAUUGUCAUGGACCUGAAGUUGUCCAACCAAGUUUUCAAUGCUUUGAAGCAGCAUUCUAUUUCUGAGCAGCGUAAAAGUGCCAGAUUGCAUGAUAAAAAGGAAGUUUCUACUGCUGAAAAAGUAGUGGAUCCCAAAACUAGACUGCUGUUAUAUAAAAUGGUGAACUCUGGUGUGCUGGAAACUAUUAAUGGCUGUGUGAGCACUGGAAAGGAGUCUGUUGUGUUUCAUGCUAGUGGAGGAAGUAUGGAGGAUCAAGAAAUACCUGCUGAAUGUGCUAUAAAAGUCUUCAAAACAACGCUAAAUGAGUUUAAGAACAGAGAUAAAUACAUCAAGGACGAUUACAGAUUCAAAGAACGUUUCAGUAAACUUAAUCCACGCAAGAUAAUUCGGAUGUGGGCAGAAAAGGAAAUGCACAAUUUGAAAAGAAUGCACAAAGCUGGCAUUCCAUGCCCAGAAGUCGUCUUGUUGAAGAAACACGUUCUGGUGAUGUCAUUUAUCGGAAAUGAUCAAAUCCCUGCCCCUACACUGAAGGAAGCCAAACUUGGUUUGGAAGAUUCAAAGCAGGCAUAUUAUCAAGUGCUUUCUAUGAUGAAGCAGCUCUAUGAGCAGUGUAACCUCGUUCAUGCUGAUCUCAGUGAAUAUAACAUGAUGUGGCACGAUGGAAAGGUGUGGCUUAUAGAUGUAAGUCAGUCUGUUGAACCUACUCACCCCCAUGGCCUGGAAUUUCUGUACAGGGACUGCAGGAAUGUGUCCCAGUUCUUCCAGAAAGCUGGUGUGUCAGAGACUCCUCAUGCACGGGAACUUUUCAACAUAGUGUCUGGCUUGAAUAUUUCCUCUGAUAAUCAAGUGGACUUUAUGGCUGAGAUUGAAGCAUUGGAGAAGGUGAAUGAGGAUCACGUGCAGAUGCAUGGAAAGAAAGUUUCCAUAUAUCAGAAAGAUGAUGAUGGUCCUCCCCGAAUUUAUGACAAAUAACCCUGACGGUAUAAAUGAGCUAACAGUUAAUAAAAAAAGAGGAUAAAGGCUUGCUGCAUUCUUACACACUGAUGCGGCGGUUAUUCCCCUCCAGCACAGCGUAGAUUGGAAGCUGUGAAUCAGAACACACAAAGCGCCCUGCAGGUCACUCUGCAUUCCCUCUGAGGCGCCUGACACAGCUGGGAUUGUACUGAGCAUACACUGCAAUGAAAUGCCAUCAAUUUUAAUGUACUUCUAUAAGGAACAAAAAAAAAAAGAGAUGUUUUGAUAGAGAUUACUAAUUAUAGUAAUGUCUUGUUUUGCUUCUGCUUCUUUGAGCACUAAGAGGAUUAUUUCAUUAGGUAUCAGACAUUUUGUUUAAUUGCCCUGUUUGAUCCAAAGGGCUUUAAGAAAAUAGUGUGCACGUGUGGUUAAAAAGAAAUCUAACCCUGUUUCAUAGUCUGCCUAAAACAGCCAACUCCAUCAAUGCUGAUUUAGAACUAAAGAAGAUAAAAUUCUGUGCUGAAAGUCUGAUAUAAUUAAAGUUUUCCUGGCAGCAGAAACAUUAUCAUAACCAAAGUUGGUGUCUUUUUUUUUCCUUAAUUGUUCUUAACUAAAGCAGUUUUGAGUGUAUCAAACUUAUUAAUACAUUGCCCUGUUAGUCAAGGCUCAGCAUAUAUAAUGAAUUGUUCAGUUUCUUUCUAGUCUAUAAUCCAGCAGUGCUAAAUCUGAACAUAACUGGUUUACUAAUUAAAGCUAGACAUUUUUGGCUGUAAAUAAAUGAGGGAGGAGGAUCUCUGGUGCUUAAUGCAAUGCAAAUAUACAUUAUACUCUCUGAUGUCCUCAUGUAGAAAUUGUAACUGGUUAUAUUAUGUCAGAUUUACAUGCUUAAUUGUUUGAAGUGAUAAUAGUAUAAUAUGCAAGUACUUGUUCUGUGGUUAUGACACCAAUUUCUUAGAGGUAAAUAAUAAAGGCUUACUGAAUUGA